AUGGCGCUGGCGGCGGCGCUGGGGGCUCUGGGGGUCCUGGGGGCGCUCCUGGGGGUCCUGGGGGCGCUCCCGGGGGCUCUGGGGGUCCCGCUGGCCCUGGGGGCGGCCCUGGGGGCGCUGCUGGCGCUGCAGCGGCGGCUCCGGCCGCACCUCUGGGCCGACCUGCGCUUCGCGCUGCGGGCGCUGCGGGUGCGGCGGCGGGCGCGGCGCGGCCCCGGCGGCUCCGUCGUGUCCCGGUUCCUGCGGGCGGCGCGGGCGGAGCCGGCCCGGCCGUUCCUGCGGGCCCGCGGCCGCUCGGAGCCGCUGGGGCGGGCGGCGCGGAGCGUGGCCCGGGUGGCGAACGCGCUGCGGGCGCUGCGGGCCCCGCCCGGGCCCGGCGACACCGUGGGGCUGCUCGUGGGCAACGAGCCGCGCUUCGUGUGGGGCUGGUUCGGGCUGGCCGCGCUCGGGGCCCGGCCCGCGUUCCUGGGCACGGCGCUGCGACCCGCGGGGCUCCGGCACUGCCUGCGCUGCUGCGGGGCACGGGCGCUGCUGGUGGCGGACGACCUGCUCGGCUCGGUGGAGCCGCUGCUGCCCAGCCUGCGGGAGGACGGCGUGGCCGUGUGGGUGCUGGGAGCGGGGCCGGUCCCGCCCGGGGUCGUGGCGCUGCAGGAGCUGCUGGACGCGGCCUCCGAGCAGCUGCAGCCCGAGGAGGUUUGGGAGCCCGAGGACAUGAACGACACCUGCCUGUACAUCUUCACCUCGGGCACCACCGGCCUGCCCAAAGCCGCCCGCGUGUCCCACCUCAAGGCCGUCAUGUGCCUGAGCUUCUACGAGCUGGUGGGAGCCUCCAGCCGGGACGUCGUGUACCUGGCGCUGCCGCUCUACCACAUGGCCGGGUCCCUGCUGGGCGUCGUCGGCUGCCUCGGCAUCGGAGCCACGUGCGUGCUGAAGGAGAAGUUCUCGGCCAGCCAGUUCUGGGAGGAUUGCCGCGCCGAGCGCGUCACGGUGUUCCAGUACAUCGGGGAGCUGUGCCGCUACCUGGUGAACCAGCCGCAGCGCCCCGGGGAGCGGCAGCACGGGCUGAGGCUGGCGGUGGGCAGCGGCCUCCGGCCCGACGUGUGGCGGAGCUUCCAGCGGCGCUUCGGGCCCGUGCGCAUCGUGGAGACCUACGGCAUGAGCGAGGGCAACGUCACCCUCUUCAACUACACCGGCACCCCGGGCGCCGUGGGGCGCUGCAGCUUCAUCUACAAGCUCUUCUCGCCCUUUGAGGUUGUUCGCUACGACGUCGCGGCCGGAGCUCCGCAGCGGGACGAGGCCGGGCGCUGCAUCCGCGCCCGCACGGGUGAGACGGGGCUGCUGAUCGCCCCCGUGACCGCCCGCACCCCGUUCCUGGGCUACGCCGGCAGCCGGGAGCUGUCGGAGCAGAAGCUGCUGCGCGGGGUCUUCGCCAAGGGGGACGAGUUCUUCAACACCGGGGACCUGGUGGAGCAGGACGAGGAGCAGUUCGUGCGGUUCCGGGACCGCACCGGGGACACCUUCAGGUGGAAAGGCGAGAACGUGGCCACCACGGAAGUGGCCGAGGCGCUGCUGGCCCACGAGUCCGUGCUGGAAGCCACCGUCUACGGCGUCACCGUGCCAGGACACGAGGGCCGAGCCGGGAUGGCCGCGCUGGUUCUGCGGCCCGGGCGCUCCCUGGACGGGCCCGGCCUGUACCGGCACCUGGAGCUGCUGCUGCCGCCCUACGCGCGGCCGCGCUUCCUGCGCCUGCGGGAGCGGCUGGAGAUGACGGAGACGUUCAAGCAGCAGAAGGUGCGGCUGGCGCGGGACGGCUGCGACCCCGCGCUGGUGGCGGAGCCGCUGCUGCUGCUGGACGAGGCCGCGGCCGCGUUCGUGCCGCUGGACCGGGAGCGCUGGGAGCGGCUGCGGGACGGGCGGCUGCGGAUCUGAGCCGGCCCGGGGCCCCCGAAUCCAUCCCGGGGGUCCCCGAAUUCAUCCCGGGGGUCCCAGAAUCCAUCCCGGGGGUCCCAGAUCCAUCCCAGGGGUCCCUGUCUCCAUCCCAGGGGUCCCAGAAUCCAUCCCAGGGUCCCCGAAUCCAUCCCAGGGGUCCCUGUGUCCAUCCCGGGGUCCCCAAAUCCAUCCUGGGGAACCCCAAAUCCAUCCCGGGGUCCCCAAAUCCAUCCUGGGAGUCCCCAAAUCCAUCCCAGGGGUCCCCAGAUCCAUCCCGGGUGUCCCCAAAUCCAUCCUGGGGGUCCCCAAAUCCAUCCCAGGGUGCCCAGAUCCAUCCCAGGGGUCCCCGUGUCCAUCCUGGGGGUCCCCAAAUCCAUCCUGGGGGUUCCCAAAUCCAUCCCAGGGUCCCCAGAUCCAUCCUGGGGGUCCCCAAAUCCAUCCUGGGGGUCCCAGAAUCCAUCCCAGGGUCCCAGAAUCCAUCCCAGGGGUCCCAGAGUCCAUCCCAGGGGUCCCCCUGUCCAUCCUGGGGGUCCCUGUGUCCAUCCCAGGGUCCCCAAAUCCAUCCCGGGGGUCCCUGUGUCCAUCCCGGGGGUCCCCCUGUCCAUCCUGGGGAACCCCAAAUCCAUCCCGGGGUCCCCAAAUCCAUCCCAGGGUCCCCAGAUCCAUCCCGGGUGUCCCCGAAUCCAUCCUGGGGGUCUCCCUG